AUGUCACAAACAAGACUCCGCGACCUAGACGACUACUACGUCCGCGUCGGCUAUCAGCACCUGGCACUGUCGUUCGAGAUCAUGCGUCGGCGGUCUCGACUCAAUGGCCUUCCGGACGAAUCAAUGCCCGAAACACUACCCGAAGGCAUGCUACAAGCCGAAAGAGAGCCCGAAUUUCUCCACGAGCAAGAGCUUGUUCAGGACUAUAUUACGAAUCUCAGAGAAGGGAAUGAAUCAGCGUCGAGCGGCCUGGAGCCACGCGUCGCCAUAUUACUCGCGAUGUUUGUUUACGAACCCGAGGAGGAGCGCGAACUGUCCGCGGCUUUGCUUCAAGUCGCGGACGACUUCUUGGAGGAGUAUCUGCUGAUGAGGGAGGAGAUCUUGGCGCAGAUCGAGAUGUGA